UUACAGUUGAAUGAGUCAGUUGGUGGCGGCAUUUUUCUCUGCAUCUGAAAGUAAACAAAAAAGACAUUUAGUGCUUCUUUAGCUUAAUAUUCACUACUAUUUCAUGUUAUUGUGUUUCAGACUGGAAACAAUGCAGAGAAGCUUUGAAUGGGUAAGAGGGAGGCUGAUCAAUGUGCCGGCAGCGGAUCGGUUACUCCGUGAUAUAGCGGAAUAUAUAGCAGAAGUUAACACAUGUAGGAAGCAUGAACAACAAGCCAGUUCCAGUUAUCAGGCUCCACUUACCUGUAGUGGAGGUAGAGGAGCGCCCCAUUACAGCAUCACUAGAGAGCAACUUUCUUUUCUGAAAUCUUGUGGUUUUUCUCUUCCUUCAAUAGCAGAGAUUCUGCAAGUGUCUUUGGCUACAGUCAAACGACGCAUGAAGAGGUUCAAUUUGAAUUGCUCUGUGACAUAUUCUGAUGUAACUGAUGAUGCCCUUGAUGACAUGAUCAAAGAUAUUGUGGCUGGGAAUGAUCAGCUUGGAUCUGAGGCUGUCAGGGCACAGUUACGGGCAGGUGGAGUACGGGUGCAGAGAGACAGAGUGAGAAAGAGUUUAAUUCGAACAAGCCCCAGGGCAGCUGCACUAAGGGCAAUGGCACAAAGAAGACCACAGAGGCGAUUGUACAACGUUGCUGGACCAAACUCCCUUUGGCACCUUGAUGGCAACCACAAAUUGAUAAGAUGGAGAAUUGUCAUUCAUGGUGGUAUAGAUGGCUUCAGUCGUCUCAUAGUCUUUCUCCGUGCCUCAAACAACAACCGCAGCAGCACUGUAAUGAAUUGCUUUUUGAAUGCUGUGGCCAGGUAUGGAGUGCCUUCUAGGAUCAGAACAGAUCAUGGCGGAGAAAACAAUGUCUGUGUGAUGAUGAACAUUUUCAGGGGCUCAGAGAGAGGCAGUGCUAUCAGAGGCAGGAGCACUCAUAACCAGCGUAUUGAGAGGCUCUGGGGUGACAUGUGGCGGGGAUUGACUAAUGUUUAUUAUAAUCUCUUCCACUUUCUGGAGAGUUAAGGUAUAGUGGACAUAGACAAUGAAAUGCAUCUCUGGGCUCUUCAUUAUGUCUACUUGCCAAGGAUCAACAGGGACUUGACUGCCUUCAUCCGACAAUGGAACAGCCAUGGGCUGAGGACUGAAAGACAUCAGACCCCAAUGCAGAUUUUUGUCCGAGGUUGCCUGGAACAACAAGGACAAAGAAUGACAGCAAUGCAA